GGAAGGGAAGACGACGAAGAAGAAGCCGCAGUAGGCGAAGAAGAAGAAGAAGCAGCAGCAGCAGCAGAAGCGGAAGCGGCAGUCAUGACGGAUCUGCUGGAGCUGGCCUCGCUCGGACUCUCGGCGCUCGGCAUCCUGCUCUUCUGCGUCCUCUGGCUCAUGCACCUCAUGUCCAUCGUUUACGUGCGUCUACACCUGCACCGGAAGCACCCAGAGGCUAAAGCACCGUAUGGCGAGCUGGCAGCUGUCUCCCUCCUCAAGCCGCUGAAGGGUGUUGACCCCAACCUGAUAGACAACCUGGAAACCUUUUUCACCCUGGACUAUCCUCAGUAUGAGAUCUUGCUGUGUGUGCAGGACCACGAUGACCCGGCCAUCGAUGUCUGCAAGAAACUUCUGGGGAAGUACCCCAACGUGGACGCCCGCCUCUUUAUAGGAGGAAAGAAGGUCGGCAUCAACCCGAAGAUCAACAAUUUGAUGCCGGGAUAUGAAGGAGCCAAAUAUAACCUGGUCUGGAUCUGUGACAGUGGUAUCAAAGUAAAACCUGACACCCUGACAGAUCUGGCCAAUCAGAUGACAGAGAAGGUGGGAUUGGUACACGGCUUGCCAUACGUGGCGGACAGACAAGGCUUCGCCGCUACGUUGGAGCAGGUGUACUUUGGGACAUCCCACCCACGGUCGUACAUCUCAGCUAAUGUGAUGGGGAUCAUAUGUGUGACAGGCAUGUCCUGCCUGAUGAGGAAAGACGUGUUGGACCAGGCGGGGGGGCUGAUCACCUUCGCACAGUACAUCGCUGAGGAUUAUUUCAUGGCUAAAGCUAUAGCAGACAGGGGCUGGAAGUUCUCCAUGGCAACACAGGUGGCCAUGCAAAACUCUGGCUCAUACUCAAUCGCCCAGUUCCAGUUGCGCAUGAUAAGGUGGGCAAAACUGCGAAUCAACAUGCUGCCGGCCACCAUUGUGGAGCCGAUCUCCGAGUGCUUUGUUGCCGGUCUGAUCAUCAGCUGGGCGGCCCACCAUCUCUUCAGGUGGGACAUCAUGGUCUUCUUCAUGUGCCACUGUCUGGCCUGGUUCAUUGCUGACUACAUCCAGCUCCGGGGAAUACAGGGAGGCGCUCUGCCCUUCAGUAAGCUGGACUACGCGGUGGCCUGGUUCAUCCGCGAGUCGCUGGCCGUCCACAUCUUCCUGUCGGCCCUCUGGGAUCCGACCGUCAGUUGGAGGAGUGGCCGCUACCGACUCCGCUGCGGAGGCACGGCUGAGGAGAUCCUCGACCUCUGAACCCGGCAGCAAACAUAAACGGACGCAACGCCCCACAGUUGACAAGCAAACGCAAACACACAACGCUGGAGGUGUGGCCGCUGUUGCCUCCGCCGUGGAGGCCCCGGCCGAGAAGAUCCCGGAUUUCUGAAACGGAACAAACGAAGAAAUCAACAACAACAAAUGGUAAACAAACAGGAAAGGUCACCUGGAGGAGCGGCAACUGUUGUCAACGCUGUGGAGGCCCGUUAAGAGGAGGUGCCGGACCUCCCAAACCAUCGAGCAACACCUAACACGAUGAAAGAAACAACGACACUAACACCAUUCACAACCACAAACACACCCAACAGAAACCGAACAAGCUGCCGACUCCGGCCUGUUCCGCACAACGACGACACAACACACAAACAAAAACAAGACAAACAAAAAGAGGAGCGCGACUGGCUUCUCCAGCGAGAGAGAGAGAGAGACUGGCUUUCAAAACAAACAAAAAAAAAGAAGAAGAAGAAGAUGAUGUCAUUUCCGUUGUUUUAAUAAUGUGUUUUGUUUAAUGUAUUUGUCUGC